UAUCAAAAUACUAUACUGAAUUGCAUUAUUUAAUGCUCCUGUGUGGGAGUAAGUUAGGGGAAACUUGAGAGACUUGGCUUUAGCUCCCUUGAUCGGGGUGUGUGUGUGUGUGUGUGUUUGUAUUUGUAUGUGUGUGUUUCUAUAUCUUGGUGCUGACCAAAUGUCUGCCACACGGAUGAGAAUGUCUGACAGUUUUGGCCUUGUGUGGACAUUUUACUGGUUCCACAAGACAAAAAAAUGCUAUUAUUAUUGUUGUUGUUAUUGUUGUUGUUGUGGUGGUUUUUAGUAGUAGUAGUAUUUUUAUUGUUGUUAUUGUUAUUAUUAGUAGUAGUAUUGUUAUUGUUGUUGUUAUUAUUAGUAGUAGGCUAUUUUUAUUGUUGUUAUUAGUAGUGUUUUUGUUGUUUUUAUUGUUGUUGUUAUUAGUAGUAUUUUUUGUUGUCGUUAUUAUUAGUAGUAGUAUUGUUAUUGUUGUUGUUAUUAUUAGUAGUAGGCUGUUUUUAUUGUUCUUAUUAGUAGUAUUUUGUUGUUGUUUUUAUUAGUAGUAUUUUUUGUUGUUGUUAUUAUUAGUAGUAGUAUUUUGUUGUUGUUAUAUGUUUGUUUGUUCGUUUACAGAAAGCCUUUAUUUGUGUCCUUUUGGUGGGUGAGGUUAGGGUUAGAUUUAGAUAUAGGCAUAAAAUGAAUUAGCUGCGUUAAUAACUACGUGAGUGGAAGGUCCUCAAAAGGAGAGGAAGACAAAGGUGUGUGUGUGUGAGAGAGAGAGAGAGAGAGAGAGAGAGAGAGAGAGAGACGAUGUGUCAUUUCGCUCCUUUGUCCCUCCUCCAUAGUAAAGCCUGUGUUGAUCAGAAAGCGGCGGAUCUGCACUCAUAACCCCUACAAAGCAGGAUGACCCACAACCGUCCCUUCACGCUCCUUUUCACUUAACCCCCGGUAACCGAUCCGAACCGGCACUCGCUGCAUGUUUCUGCAGACUAGGACACUGCACCCCCUCCCCUCUCCUCUGGAAUAAAAGCUCCAACAGUCAGUCCCCGCUUCAGCAGCAUGCCCGACGCUGCGUCCGCCAGUAACGGCGCCGAUCCUGACGGCUCGCGCCACCGCCACCGCGCGCAAGCAGAAACGGAAAAGCCGGAGCAAAGCGCCUCGUGCCAGCCAACGUCUUCUGGCGUUUUAGAUAAACUGUUUGGAAAGAGGCUGCUGCAGGCUGGGAGAUACAUCAUGUCCCAUAAAUCCUGGAUGAAGACGGUGCCCACAGAGAACUGUGACGUACUCAUGACUUUUGCAGACACCACAGAUGACCACACAUUACUGUGGCUGCUGAAUCAUAUACGCCUUGGCAUCCCAGAACUUAUCAUCCAGAUACGACACCACAAACACACAAGAGUCUAUGCGUUCUUCGUCACAGCAACAUAUGAAAAUCUGUUGCGAGGUGCAGAGGAGAUGGGUUUACGGAAAGCAGUGAAGCCAGAGUUUGGAGGUGGAUCUCGCAGCUUCUCUUGUGAGGAGGACUACAUUUAUGAGAACAUUGAGAGUGAAUUGUGCUUCUUCACAUCACAGGAACGCCAGAACAUAAUCAAAUACUGGCUGGAUAAUCUCAGAGCCAAACCAGGGGAGGUCCUUCACAACAUCCACUUUCUUGAAGGGCAGCCCAUAAUCCCAGAGCUAAAAGCACGAGGUGUGAUCCAACAAGUCUUCCCCCUCCAUGAGCAGAGAAUUCUGGGCCAGCUAAUGAAAUCGUGGGUGCAAGCUGUGUGUGAGAAGCAGCCCCUAGAUGAUAUAUGUGAUUAUUUUGGAGUGAAGAUUGCCAUGUACUUUGCCUGGCUGGGUUUUUACACAACCUCUAUGCUGUAUCCUGCUGUGAUAGGAUUUGUACUGUGGAUGCUGACUGAAACUGAUCAGACCAGCAGAGAUAUAUGCUGUGUAGUAUUUGCCCUCUUUAACGUGGUGUGGGCCACGCUGUUCCUGGAGAGGUGGAAACGAAGAGGAGCAGAACUGGCUUACAAAUGGGGCACAUUGGACACACCAGCUGAAUCGCUCGAAGAGCCGCGGCCACAGUUUAGGGGUAUGAAGCGGUGCAGUCCAGUGACGGGCUGUGAGGAGUUUUAUUACCCACCUUGGAGGAGGAGGGUGUUCCGAUGGUUGGUUAGCUUUCCUGUCUGUAUUUUCUGCCUUUGCUUUGUCUUCCUGGCCAUGCUCAUCUGCUUUGAGCUUCAGGAAUUUGUGAUGGGGAUUAAAGAGCUGCCACGGGUGGUGAGGUUUAUCCCUGAAAUCAUACUGGCCAUCACUGUGACUGCAUGUGACGAGGUGUACAGAAAGAUAGCCUGUUGGCUUAAUGACAUGGAGAACUACAGACUCCAGAGUGCCUAUGAAAAAAAUCUCAUCAUCAAAAUGGUUCUUUUUCAGUUUGUAAAUUCAUAUCUCAGCCUUUUCUACAUUGGAUUCUACCUCAAAGACAUGGAGCGUCUAAAGGAGAUGCUUGCAACACUGCUGAUAAUCCGCCAGUUCAUGCAGAAUUUGAAGGAAGUGCUGCAGCCGUACCUGUAUGAGCGCCACCGCCUGGGAGAACUCACUUUGCGUGCUGUAUGGGACCUGCUAGUAUCAGCAUUAAUAAAGUAUGGACGUCUGGCAGUUGGAAGGGCGCAUAUGUCUCCCAGCAAACCCAGCAACCCCGGGCAAGGCCUGCAGGGAAACCAACAAGGUGUUCUGGGCCAACAAGAUCGCCAUGAGCGCAAGUGUUUGAAUGGAGGCUGUGGUGUCCCAGAUGAGGAGCAUGAGGAAGAGGCUGGUGCUAGGAACAGUGCAGAGGAGACAGAGGAGGAGAAUGCCAUCGAUUGUGGCCUCAAACUGCGCAAAGUCAGCUUCAUCGAGAAGGUAGAGCGCAAGUCUGUCGGUUGCAUCAGUCCCAUGGAGGACAGCUUCCUGGAGGAGGGGAGCCCCACCAUGGUCGAGAAGGGCAUGGACCCGUCUUUGGUCUUCGAGAUGUGUGACGAUGACGAUGAUAAUGUCAUCACAGAGGCAAAGGAACAGGCCGCAGAUUCAGCAGGGCCUGAGAGCGGUGUGCCACCGAAGCUGCGGAAGAGAGGCCGGAGUCUGGAGAGGGCCGACAGUAAGAGCAGGAGAGAGUCAUGGAUGGAUCCCCCUGAAGAGCAGGAGACCAUUACACUCACCCAAGCUGAAAUCGAGAGCUGCAUGCAAACAUAUGAGGACACAUUGCAGGAUUACCAGGAAAUGUUUAUUCAGUUUGGCUACGUGGUUCUCUUUUCCUCUGCCUUCCCACUGGCAGCUAUGUGUGCCCUAAUUAACAAUAUCAUCGAGAUCCGCAGUGAUGCCUUCAAGCUCUGCACAGGCCUCCAGAGGCCAUUUGGCAUGAGAGUGGAAAGCAUUGGACAGUGGCAGACACUAAUGGAGGCCAUGGGUCUCAUAGCAAUCAUAGUGAACUGUUACUUGAUUGGUCAGUGUGGGCAGCUACAGAGGCUCUUCCCUUGGCUGAGCCCUGAGAUGGCCAUCAUCUCGAUCGUGAUCUUAGAGCACUUUGCUGUCUUACUGAAAUAUGUCAUUCAUGUGGCAAUCCCUGACAUCCCCAGCUGGGUAAGCGAAGAAAUGGCCAAACUGGAGUUUCAGCGCAGGGAGGCAUUCAAGAAGCAUGAGCGCCAAGCACAGCAGCACUUCCAGCAACAGCAGAGGAGAAAAAGAGAAGAGGAAGAACGGCAGCGGCAAGCUGAGUACCAGGCCCGGCGUGAGAGAGACGAUGGGCGGCCUGACACCUCUGGAGGGGACCACCAUCAUGAAAAGAGCCAAGGAGGCAAAUCCAGAUCGGCCGGAGGGGGUGGAGGCUCUGUAAGUGACAAACCGAAGAGACCCAGCUCACUGCUGGCCAACAAUAACGUAAUGAAACUCAAACAGAUCAUCCCUCUGCAGAGCAAGUUUUCCUCUGGCACGGCCCGUUCACCACAGUCACCAACAGGGAGCGAACCGAAGCUCCCGGGCUUCCUUAGCUUCAAGUUCCUCAAGUCUCCAGAAAACAAAAAGGAAGCAGCAGCAGGUUCAGCUUCAGCCAAUUCUAGCAUUGCUGCACUCGGACAGGAGAGAUCACAGUCCCCCAGCAAGUCCUUCAAUCCUGGGAAACUGUUUAAUUUUGGGAAAUCAGAUGGUGGGGCAUGUAUGAAUGGGGCUCAACUCACAAAACCAGGGGAGGGGGUACAGCCAGUGGAGAAGGCGCUAACAAGGUCUGAUCUCAACGAUGUGCCAGACGAGAUCCCAUCACCAGGGGAAGAGGAACAGGAGAACGGACACUCAUUAGACUCCGAGUCCUCAGGCCCUAAAAUCUAAAUCCAAUAAAAAAACACCUACUGUAGAAAAAUUACUAACAAAGGGAUAAAGAAAGUCCUUUCAGUGCCCUUCAGCACAGUGACAGACUGAGCCUGGAGGCUGUUAAGUAAUACUGUGGGGAAAAUGGAAUAGUGUUGUUUUUUGCUGAGGAACAUAGGCUUUUCAAAGAUGACUCCCCUUGCAUACACACACAAUGCCUUUUGUCUACAAUACAUACAGGAAUGCAUGAGCUGCAUUUCUAAUGCGUUUUGAAAAUGAUAUUCCUGAAAGAAUAGUGCAGUUUUAAGUUAUCAUGGUCUGAAAAUUGUAAGCAUUUUAAGCACCCUUCGUAGUGUUAAAAAUAUUUUACCAUCAGUUUUAUAUCAUACAAUGAGACCUUCAGAAAAAAGAAAAAAAAAAAAACACCACAGAUUGAUAAUCUGAACAUUAUCGGUUUCAACUGUGAGUGAUUUUAAUUCUGAAAACUUUUGUACUUAAAGCAGCUGGUUUAGUUAAGCAAUUGCAGCAGUAUUUCCUGAAUAAGGAGGUGCUGUAAAACCUGCAAGUUAUAGAAAUUCCUGCAUCACUAGAACAUAUAGUUUCAAACAGAAGAAAAUGCAAUAUCACUAUCUUGAAUGACAGAUACACAGGUUUGUCUGGAGUCAUUCUGAAAGUUUGAAGGACUGCAUAAAAACUUUGAGGCAAGUGUGGCAAGGGCAAAAUGUGAAAGUGAGAGUAUAGCGUAUGGAUGGCGUAAAGGAAUUAAUAACGUCUACUUCAAAAUACAAUCUCUUAUUGCAGAAGUGCAAAUAGCCGCUUGAACAGGCUUUUCCCUCCUUUGUUAUUAUAGCCUAAAAACAUAGAAAAUGCUGGAGAUCAAGACUAUCAUUGAUACUAAAAUCAAAAAAAAACAAAAAACAAAAAAACUUGUGUGUGCGAGUCCUCCUGUGCAUCUUAAUAUAUUUAACCUAGAGGAUAGCAUUUGACCUCAACAUUCACUUUUUUUCAGUUCUUACACUGGUAUGACGGAGUGAUUUCUUGAUUUGUGAAGAAGACAUUCCCUUGACUUGCAACUCAAAAGCCUGCUGGACCAUCGUAAAAUACAGGCAUUGCCUUGCAAAGGGAUUCUGUGAAGAAGUGUAGUAAUGCGUAGCAUUUCCAUUUCCACAGUUCAUACUAGUUGCAGCCUC